GUUCCGCGACGAGACGAGUUGGAGGAGAAGAGAACAGCAGCGGACGGAAGCCUGCGAUGAGUAGCACGAGAGCUUUCUCGCCGGCGGUGGUGGCGGCAGGGCAGCACCACGUCCGUGCGCCGCGCGGUGGGCUGCCGCGGCCGAGGCGACCCACCAGGCCGGCGGCCGGCUCGCCGGGCCAACGGUCCGCGGGCGGCGGCAGCGACGCCGCGUGGGGACAAGCCGGGCGCAGCUGGUGGGGCGCUGGAGGUGGAGUGCCGGCGGCCGCGUCGUCGAGGCGGCAGCCGUGCAGAGCUGGCGCUUGCCGGGCGCCGGCGGGGAACCGGGAGCUGGUGCGGCGGGCGCUUUCGCCGCCGGCCACGGGCGCGCGCGGCGCGGCGCUGAGGAGGUGGAGCUUCCGGCCCAUGCCGAGCCGGCUGCGCAACGGGUCGUGCUUGGCCUCGACGGCGACCACUGCAUCCCCACGGCCAUCGUGACUUUGCUUAGGGUGAGGUCGUCGCAGGCUUACAGCUGGGCUCUGUAACGGAAUUGGUGUAGGCUAGGCACUGUACAUUCCCGUGCCUUAUGCGUUUUUUGGUGUUGUUUUUGCCUAGGAGUGGUUUCAGUAAUUUUUAUAAGCCCAGUGCCUGUUUUUUUCGGACGCACGAGUGUACGUAUUGUAUUUUAUAGGAGGGGGUAUAGAACCUAGUCCACCAUUGAUGUUACAAGAGUGAAACACUACAA